GUGCGGCCGUCAGACCACAGCGGCCCUUUUACAAUGAAAAAAAAAAAAAGUCAGCAUACCGCCGUCAGCUGAGAUGCAUCGAUAAUAACUUUCAAUAGGAUCAGUCAACCAGUCAUCGCCACCAUCACUACUACAGCUAUGCCCAUUGCAGAGCUUUUGGGAGUCCAGUUCGACAUGCAGCUGCUGUUGAAGCUGAGUCUGUCUGUGGCUGUGGUGCUCCUGGUUUCUUGGGCCUACAGGUUUUACAGCUCCAGGGAUACAAAGAAAACUCAUCUCUGUGUCAGCGACAGCAAAGAGCUGCAAAAUACAACCUGCCAAAACUGCAAGACGGUCCCGCGCCGUCAAAGCUCACCGAAACACGACACCGAAGAUGGGGACGAGCGACACGGACCCUCGAACGCAGACGCAGCAGCCGCUGAUGACCUGACAUCUGACAGCAUCAAAGAAAAGCCAGCAGAGGCUCAAUCAUGCCAGACUGAAAAGAGUGAGGACACGUUUAGCACUUCAUGCACUGACCAAGAUAACAGCGAGGAAGGAGAAAUACUUACUCAUCAGAGGCAGGCAGUGGUUGCCACCAGUAAUAUUUCAUUUGGAUCUACUUUGAACCUUCCUCGUCCAACAGAGAGAAGGAUGGUCAGUGCAACGGGGCGCCUCUCCCCUUGCUUUUUGCAGAAGCUCCAGGGCAGUGUGGGAGUGGGCAGGGAGUUAAGGCAGGACUUGGAGCACCAGGGGGCCUACUCCAGCUUCCUCUCCAAGGCAGAGAUCAAAGUGGAGGAUGCUAACAUCAUGUCAGAAGGAACAGGAGAUCAGAUUGUACGUGGAAAGAUAUAUGAUUACUACGUUGAGUCCUCCUCUCACUCCAUUACAGACUCCAACACUAUGCUAGGUCAGAGAAACACUGAGUCACAACCGGUGGAGUUUGGUAGUCGAAGCAGCAGCAGCAGCCUCGUAGAAUCACCUUCCUCUCUGAGCCCCAUCAUUAUGCGUGAUCUGGUUUUGCCACAAAGUAGCGUUGAGGAUACCUCUUCACUAAGAAGCCUCAAGCAGAGGCACCCCACAAGGCCUGUACUCCUACGCAAGGAGAGCUAUCUGUCUGCGGCAGAGCAGUCUGAGCUCUGCAUUCCUUUUCUAACUUCAAGGACCUCAGCUCCAGCGACACAGAUUCAAGCUGCAACUGGCAAAGAGUCCAUCUCUUUCCACCCUAUGACUCGUCCCUCUACAGACAACAGAAGUCGUGAUACAGAAGAAGCAACUGAACUAGAAAAUGUCACAGGGGCUUCAUUCCUACACCUUCCCGCAAGAACUAUAGACGGUAUAGAUUUGGAAAGCUUGAAACUUGAUUUAGGGAACUGUUUAGAGGCACUAUAUCUGGCCAAAAAACAGGGCCAGACGUCUGUGCAGCAAGCGGCCCUUGGAGUCAUGUCCGACAACUACCUCCAGGUGCUCAAAGACCCAAACCUUUAUGGUCGGCUGAUGGCGGGUGAGCGGGAACAAAUCAGAAAGCAGAGAAUGAAAGGGAGAAGGUUUGUUAUGGUGGCGGAUAUGGACCCUCAAGACUGGGCGAGGACCACAGAGGGGCAAACAGAGACAGAGCACAGGAGGACAUCGAGUGCUGUAUAUUAUUAUGAUGACUACAAAGACACCUGGCAUCCACUCUGUCUAAUCCCACAGGAGGUUAUCUCUAAAGCCUGUGCUAUGUGUACAAUGGAUAACUACUUAUUUGUAGCAGUGGGCUGCCAAGGCACAGACAGAGCAAUGACACCCUCAAAGAGAGUGUUUUGCUACAAUCCUUUGACAUCCAUUUGGAAGGAGAUCAGUCCUAUGAAUGAAGCCAGGCCUCGCUGCAAACUGGCAGCACUGGAAGGCUACAUCUAUGCCAUCGGAGGGGAGUGCCUCUCCUCUGUGGAGCGCUAUGACCCACGACUGGACAGAUGGACAUUUGUGGCUCCACUGCCUAAUGAUACUUUUGCUGUGGCGCAUCACGUCACAGUUUGCAACGGAGAGCUUUUCGUGUCUGGGGGAACUCUUAGAUGUAUGCUACUGCGUUACAGCCCCAAAAGCAACAACUGGAGGCCGAGUUUGUUAGCGGGCGCCAAAGACAGAACCGCAGACAUGGCGGCUGUGGGGAGAUUUCUCUAUCGGUUUGAUGUUAACCCGCUGCUGGGUCUCAGUGUGUACCGCUACCAUACAGUGGCUCGACUGUGGUAUGAAUGCAGUUCCAAACGGUUUCUACGCUGCCCUGCCUUUCAGUGUGUAACAAUGGAUGACACAAUCUAUUGUGUCAGCCGGCAGUUCACAAUGAGGUUUGAAGCUGAUGAGAUCUCUCCAGCCUUCAUAGAUGAGGAUUUGAGUGUCCUCUCUGUAGCUAAGGGCAUACUUUUCCCCUUUGUCCUUUCACUGCCUGAUAAGAAACCUCGGCAGACCAGUGUGUAACAAGGAUUCAGUUUUCCACUGAUGAUAAGAUUAGCUGGUGAUGUAGUAUCCCUACAGGGAGAUGGUAAACGUCAAAGUUUCUUAUUGAUGGAGUGGGUUAGUCUUACUACUACUUCUAGAAAAUUGGGUGACACUUUAUAAUAAGUACACACUGUGAAGCAUUAGUUACGGAUUAACAAAUACUGAAUUCAUCAUUUAUAAAGCAUAUUUAUGACAUGAAUA